AUGGCCCAGGACCUUGGCCCAGACCCAGCCUUGGAUGUGUGGGAGGAUGAGAGGCCCCAGUGGGACAACAAGCUCCAGUACCUGCUCAGCUGUGUGGGGUUUGCUGUGGGGCUGGGGAACAUCUGAAGGUGCCAGACCCACAGUGGAGGGGCCUUUCUCAUCCCCUGCUUCAUCACCCUGGUCUUUGAGGGGAUCCCACUCUUCCACAUCGAGCUCGCCAUCGGCCAGCACCUGCACACGGGCAGCAUUGGGGUGUGGACGGCCAUCUCCCCCUACUUGGGCAGCGUAGGGCCGGGCUGCUUCACGAUGUCCUUCCUGGUCAGCCUGUACUACAACACUAUCCUCACCUGGGUGCUGUGGUACUUCUUCAACUCCUUCCAGCACCCAUUGCCCUGGAGCUGCUGCCUGAUGGAAGGCAACAGGAUGGGGUUUGUGGCUGAGUGCCAGGGCAGCAGCGCCAUGAGCUACUUCUGGUACCAGCAGAUGCUGGACAUCACUGGUGACAUCAGCGACAGUGGCACUGUCCAGUGGCGGCUGCUCAUCUGCUUGGUCAUCUGCUGGGCUGUGGUGUAUCUGUGCAUCAUCAGAGGCAUUGAGACCACUGGGAAGGUCAUCUACUUCACGGCCCUGUUCCCUUACUUGGUGCUAACCACCUUCAUUUUCAGAGGCCUGAUGCUGCCCGGUGUCACGCACGGGCUCCGCUACCUUUUCACCCCCAACAUAAGUGGAGGGAUUCUCCAGAACCUGUGGGUGUGGCUGGAUGCAGCCACCCAGAUCUUCUCCCUGUCCCUGGCCUUCGGUGGACACAUCGCCUUUGCCAGCUACAACUCUUGCCACACCAACAAUUGCGAGAUGGACUCGGUGGUCAUCUCCAUCAAUGGCUACACGUCUGUGUGCGCGGCCAUAGUGAUCAGCUCCAUCGUCGGCUUCCACACCAUCCAGCGCUACGACGACUGCUUCAGCAAGAACAUCCUGCACCUCAUGAACGCCUUUGACCUGCCGGAGGGCAAGGUGACCCAGGAGAACUUCGCGGAGAUGCAGCGCUGGUGGAAUGCCAUGGACCCCGCGGCCUACGCCCAGCUCACGUUCCAGAGCUGCGACAUGAACUCCUUCCUCUUGGAGGGUAUGGAGGGCACAGGCCUGGCCUUCAUUGUCUUCACAGAGGCCAUCACCAAGAUGCCGGUGUCGCCACUGUGGUCCAUGCUGUUCUUCUUCAUGCUCUUCUGCCUGAGCCUGUCGUCCAUGUUUGGGAACAUGGAGGGCGUGGCCAUGCCACUGCAGGACCUCAAGCUCAUCCCCGCCAAGUGCCCUAAGGAGCUGCUCACAGGCCUCAUCUGCCUUGGGACCUACCUCCUGGCCUGUAUCUUCACACUGAACUCUGGCCAAUACUGGCUCUCCCUGCUGGACAGAUAUGAGGGCUCCAUCCCCCUGCUCAUCAUUGUAUUCUGCUAGAUGUUCGUCCUCUAUAUGUAUGGCAUUGACAGGUUCAACAAAGACAUUGAAUUCAUGAUUGGGCACAAGCCCAACAUCUUCUGGCAGCUGAUGUGGUGGGUUGUCAGCCCCCAGAUCAUGCUGGUCAUCUUCCAAUUCUACUUCGUGGUCAAAGUCAGCAAGGAGCUGACCUACAGUGUCUGGGACCCCAGCUACGAGGAGUUCCACAAAUCCCAGCAGGUCAGGUACCUGCCCUGGGUGUACAUGGUGGUGGUGGUCGUGGCCUGCAUGCCCAGCCUCGUCAUCCCCUGCUUUGCCAUCUACAAGCUCAUCAGGGGCCACUGCCAGCAGCCAGGGGACCAGCAGGGCCUGGUCAGCACGCAGUCCAUGGCUUCCAUGAAUGGGGACCUCAAGUACUGA